CACUGGGAAUGGGUGGCUUGCCGUUGUGGAUCAAUGGGGAGAUGACGAUAAAACUUAACCCUAGAGUUUCACAGGUCAGGGAAAGUGGGACUGGACAUCUGAACCUGAGCGUUGUAAGAUCGCGUGAUACCGCCGAUUUGUCUUUAGUUAUCGGUUCCAUGCGUCUACCUCAUAUCUUUCACUCCCCCCAAUAUGUUCGUCGAUGACUUGGGGUUCACGGGAUUAAUUAGCAGAUUGUGGAUCAGUUUUCUUUCAUUUUCAUGAUUUGCAGUGAACGUCAGGGUGUCUGAUAUCCAUCCCAGCUUGCUUAUUGAAUAUAGAGAGUUACUUUGCUUUCUGAGAAUUCCGAUUACGAUAGGGUAGUAUCUUUCCUUGCAAUCAACGCUUGGUGCUUAUUUUAGAAGGGAAGAAAAUGAGGCUUAAUGCCAUGCUAUCCUAUAAAUUCAUUAGUUUCUUUACAUAAAAAUUCUUCUUGUAUGCAUCCCAUAAGGGCCAACGAGCAUUCCUCGCAGUCCACUUGGAGUACUUUUUUCCCUUUUUGGGUUCUGUUUUCAAGGAACCGUGGCAAAAGGCUCGAUCUUUUGGUGUGAGUUUGGUUUAUGGCUGAUUCUAUGUUGUUUGCACCUUUAUAGUGGUCUCUUUGAUGGGCUCCUUGACUUUUUCCAUGAUAAAGGCCGUGAAUUUGGUUUUUUAUGCUUCCUUUGCUUUUGCAGCUUCGAGUCUUUCUUCUUCGGUUUAUAAAUGAAGCUCUCUGAGGUUUGAUUGGCAUAAUACUAUUGUCAGGAGUUUGGGAAACUAUAGCUUUGGUUUGAUUGUAAUUGACGUAGAUGGAACCUGGAGUGAUUGUUUGUUUGUUUUUCUUACUGGCGUUGGCACACUUCAGCUAUGUCUGUGGAAAGGAAUGCACAAAUAUUCCUACUCAGACUUCUUCUCACACUAUUCGUUCUCAAUUAAGGAAGGAUAGCUGGGAAGGAGAGUUACUUUCUCAUUAUCAGUCAUCUAUUAUUGAUAAGUCGACAUAUAUGGACUUGCUUCCUCGUAAACUUCUUGAAAGGGAGUCUAUGGUUGAGAGUUUUGAUUGGAAGAUACUGUAUCAAAGUAUGAGUUCAGAUGGAAUUAGUAAACAGCAGCAGGGAGGGGAUUUCCUUAAGGAAGUUUCGCUUCAUGAUGUUCGUUUGGAUCCUGAUUCUGUGCAUGGGCAAGCUCAGCAAACUAAUAUGGAGUAUUUACUACUAUUGGAUUUGGAUAGUUUGGUUUGGAGCUUUAGAAAGCAAGCUGGCCUGGAAACUCCUGGUACACCAUAUGGAGGCUGGGAAGCACCUGAUGUUGAACUUAGAGGGCACUUCGUUGGUCAUUAUAUGAGUGCAACUGCUCAAAUGUGGGCUAGCACGCAUAAUGAUACUCUUCAAGAAAAAAUGACAUCAGUGGUUAAUGCACUUUAUGCUUGCCAAAAGAAAAUUGGGACAGGCUAUCUUUCUGCAUUUCCGACCGAGUUUUUUGACCGCUUUGAAGCCAUAAAAAGUGUAUGGGCACCAUAUUACACCAUACACAAGAUCAUGGCAGGCCUUGUUGAUCAGUACAUAUUUGGUGGAAAUUCUCAAGCAUUGGAAAUGGUGAUCUGGAUGGCUGAAUACUUUGGGAACCGUGUGAAAAAUGUUAUACAGAAGUAUACAAUAGAAAGGCAUUGGUUAUCACUUAAUGAAGAAACUGGCGGCAUGAAUGAUGUCCUUUACAAGCUAUACAGCAUAACAGGUGAUCAGAAACAUUUAGCACUUGCGCAUCUUUUUGACAAGCCUUGCUUUCUUGGGCUACUUGCAUUGCAGACUGAUGGCCUUUCUGGCUUUCAUGCCAAUACGCAUAUUCCAAUUGUUGUGGGUGCACAGAAACGGUAUGAGUUUGCUGGUGAUCCAUUAUAUAAGGAUAUCGCGGCAUAUUUUAUGGAUAUUGUUAAUUCUUCUCACAGCUAUGCUACUGGAGGAACCUCUGUUAGCGAGUUUUGGUCUGAUCCCAAGCAUUUGGCAGAUACUCUCAGCACAGAAGAUGAAGAAUCUUGUACCACUUACAACAUGCUUAAGGUGGCUCGAAACUUAUUUAGGUGGACGAAAGAAAUGUCUUAUGCUGAUUAUUAUGAGAAAGCCCUGACAAACGGUGUGCUGGGAAUUCAAAGGGGAAGAGAGCCUGGGGUUAUGAUUUACAUGCUUCCACAGGGACGUGGACAGUCAAAAGCAAAGAGUUAUCAUGGAUGGGGAAAACCGUUUGAUUCAUUUUGGUGUUGUUACGGGACAGGAAUUGAAUCAUUUUCAAAAUUGGGUGAUUCUAUCUAUUUUGAGGAGCUGGGAAGUUCUCAUGGGCUGUACAUAACACAAUUUAUACCAAGUUCCUUUAAAUGGAAGUCUGGAGGCAUCACAGUGAUUCAGAAAAUAAAGCCAUUUAGCUCCAUUGAACCACUUCUUCAGAUCUCUUUUGACAUUUCUUCGACAGAGGCAAGCAGUCAAACUUCAACUUUGAACUUUCGGAUACCAUUUUGGACAGCAAGAAACGGUGGGAAAGCAACACUAAAUUCUCAAGAGUUGCCUCUAACAGAUCCAGGAACUUUCCUCUCCAUCUCUAGGAACUGGACUCCAAAUGACAAGCUGGAGCUUCUGCUGCCAAUCAACUUGCGUUCAGAGGCCAUAAAAGAUGAUCGGCAAGAAUACGCAUCGAUACAAGCCGUAUUCUUUGGUCCUUACCUUCUAGCCGGACUCAGCGAUGGCGACUGGGAUGUCGACACUCGAAAUUCCAGCAACCUCUCGGACUGGAUAACUCCACUUCCAGACUCUCACGGAUCUCAGCUUAUAUCCUUAUCUCAAGAAUCCAAUAACAAAUAUUUUGUAGUCUCAAACACAAAAAACAUCCUUACAAUGGCAGAAUAUCCAAAAUCUGGCACAAACGAUGCCAUCCAUGCAACCUUUAGGCUUGUCCCUCAGGUCUCCAACGAACAAUUCUUCCAGUCUCCAUCUCGCAAUAAUCUUAUUGGAAAAUUUGUGAAGAUUGAGUCUUUCAACAGUCCUGGAAAGUUUGUGACACCUCAAUCAUCCAAUGGAAAUAUUAUCUUCUCCGAUUCUUUAGAGACAAACUCAAACUCAAACUUCUUGUUUCGUGUUGUUGCUGGUUUGGACGGGAAUAUGAGCUCUGUAAGUCUGGAAUCUGGAAUCCACAAGGGUUGCUUUCUCUAUAGUGGUGUGAACUAUUCUGAAGGAAGUCAUUUACAGCUAAUAUGUAAGCAGAAGGAUGCUUCAUUCAAGAAAGCUGUGAGCUUUUCAUUAAUAAGUGCGUUGAGGCAGUAUCACCCUAUCAGUUUCAGGGCGAAGGGUGUAAAGAGAGACUUCAUUCUUGAGCCAUUGAUGAGCAUGCUGGAUGAAUCUUACACUGUCUAUUUCAACUUGACAAAUUGAAUACAAAAAGCAAGUAAUUGAUGAUUUUUAUGAAUAAGUUUUAUCUGAUUUGGAGAAUUAUGGUCUGUGAAGUUGACUUCAUAUGUUUGAAUUUAUAGAUGUUGUAGAAUCUCUUUUGUUAAUUAAUAAGCUCUUUAUUGAAAAGUUUGCCUUUUGAA